CUUGACCGGAAGAGGAAACUACCCGCCUUCCUCUUGCCUUGAUUGUGACAGGAGAAAAAUGGAGGAGAAAAGCAAGCUGACACCUGCACUGGGAAUGGUCUCUCCCACUAUUCUGCAAGCCUCCCCUGAAUGAGUCAUCCAGCCCGCUCCUCAUUGGACAGGACCAUGCCGUCCCCAGGGAUUGCCUUGCAGCAGCAGCAGCAGCAGCAGCAGCAGCAGCAGCAACAGCGGCAGAGCGGCCUUGCUUCCAUUCACAGAAACAUUGAAAAAAAAUGUUGGGAGGGAGACUGCAGUGCGAAAUCCGCAGCGGUGUGAGCGAGAGCGGAAGCUGCUUAUGAAUGAGCGUCAGUCGCUCUUGUUGCUGGACUAGAUGCUGCUGAGGACAUUUUUUACAUGAAUGGUGUGUGUGUGUGCGUUCUUCCUGCUACCACGGCGACCAGAGAUGCUUCAUCAACAUCAUCGCCACCGCUGCUCUUGAGGAGACUCGUAGGCUUCUUUUCUCGUUCCUUUUUCUUCAUUGACUCAUCCUUCUGAGAAAGAUGUCGGGUUUAUUCAGGUGGACCUGCUGCAGCUGCGUAUUUUAGGCAUCUUUAUUGUUGGGGUUUUGCUGGUCUAUUGAGGGAUUCUAUUCAUCUACACACUUUAUGAUCGGUGCCUAAUUAAUGCACUUUGCUAUUUCUAGUCAGGCUAAAGUUGAAUGAUCUUAUUUCACUGUAACCUCUGAGGGAAAUGUUCAGUUCAAUUAAGUUUUUGUAUUUAUUAUACACAUUUUCAUGAUAUAUUGCACAAAUUAUUCACUAUUAUAGCUUAAUUCCACCUAAGCUACCUCUCAUUUUUUCUUCCUCAAUAAUAACAGUGCAUCAAAUUUUACUAACUGAUUGCUACGAAAGUGCUCUGGGAGUUUUUUUUUCCUCCCUCCCCCUUCCUCCUCCUGCUCUCUCCCUCCAACAGGAAGUGAUUUGCAGUGUUCAGCAAGCCUUUUGUUGAGAAGGUUUUCUCACGUCAGUGAGUCAUGCUCCUGCUCUGAGCCGGCAGCAGCAGCAGCAGACGGACAUUCAUAGUGUUUGCUCCUCUCGACAUACAUUCCUUUUUUGGAGGCUAAAAAUCAUCAUCAUUAUAAUCAUAAGCAGCAGCAGCAUCACCGCUGGAAGCCACAACAGCAGCCUUCUAGCUCUCCAUCCUCCUUGUUUCCAUGGAUUUCCUCUUUAUUUUUCUCCGUGGCCAACUGCAUUGAGGCUUUGGAUUUUUAUCAAUCGGAAUCUGGCGGUGGCUCGACCGCCGUAACCUCUAAUCGAGAGAGAUCUCUGGCCUGUGAUUGCUACAAGGCGUUUGCCGCCACCGCAUCAACCACAACCUCCGCCGCUGCCAUGUUACAGGAGAAGGUAAUCAUCUCGGCGCAGCCACGUCUGCCAGCGCACUCGUGAAAGAGGCGUGUGUGUCGCGGAGAGCAGAGGGAACGAGGGUAUGCUUCACCGUACCAAAUACAACCGCUUCAGGAAUGAAUCGGUGACGUCCGUUGAUGAUCUCGUCCACGGCCUGUCCAUGAACCCCAAGGUCUCGGGCGCCCCGCGGUCCACCACUGAGACUUCCUUCACGCCCCCGACUGAGGUCCAGCCCUCAUCCGCCUCCAAUGCCCCCGGCGCCCCCGCCGGCCACGGCUCCGACCACCCGGACGAUGGAGGUACCCACCUGUGCACCCUCAUCAACAAGGUGUCCAGCUUGAAGUUCACCAACUCAGGGAGCCUGCUUGGCAUUAAGGGUCUGCCCUCAGCUGUCAAGGACCUGGCGGUGGCCAAGCUCCAGGGGGGCGGGGGUUCGGGUUGCUCCAGCGGGGCGACAACUGCGGCGGCCUCCGGCUCUCUGUGCGGCUCGACACCCCCCUGCUCGCAGCUGGAGCCUUCCGCCGGCAUGAGCAAGAAGAGCAGGCUGGACGAGCGUCAUCACAGUGGGGAGGACUGGGUCCCCGGUGGAGGAACGCUGAGCAAAGCCUUCAGAGGGUGGCUGCACUCCAGUGACAAGAUCUCUGGUCCGGGAGUGACUUACAUAGUCAAGUAUCUGGGUUGCAUUGAAGUGCUGCGAUCGAUGAGAUCUUUGGAUUUCGCCACACGUUCCCAAAUAACAAGGGAGGCCAUCAGCUUGGUUUGUGAGGCUGUUCCAGGGACCAAAGGAGCUCUGCGAAAGCGGAAGCCGCCCUCUAAAGCGCUGUCCAGCAUCCUGGGGAAGAGCAAUCUGCAGUUUGCUGGCAUGUCCAUCAACCUGAACAUCUCCACCAGUAGUCUCAACCUGAUGACCCCAGACUGCAAACAGAUUAUAGCCAACCAUCACAUGCAGUCCAUCUCUUUUGCAUCAGGUGGAGACCCUGACACAACUGACUUUGUCGCCUAUGUGGCAAAGGACCCUGUUAACCGAAGAGCGUGCCACAUCCUGGAGUGCUCAGACGGGCUGGCCCAGGAUGUCAUUAGCACCAUCGGCCAGGCUUUUGACCUACGCUUCCAGCAGUACCUGCAGUGCCCGUCCAGCAAGCCGUCCUCCACGCACGACAGGGUGUUCAACGUGGAGGAGUUACCAUGGACGGAGGAGGAGGAGGAGUCAGCAGAGCAUCCUUACUACAACAACAUCCCCGGGAAGAUGCCGCCUCCCGGAGGGUUCAUCGACACCCGGCUGACUAAUCAGAGCACACCGUCAGACGGGAGCCAGGCACAGACGGGCAUAAGCUCUGUGGAUCAGAACUAUUACCAAGGCCGCCACUGCGGAGACAACUGGGCCGAGGAGAAGAGGUCCGUCUUUGUACAACAAGGAUCCUUAGACAUAAACAGCGAGAGCAAAAGUCUGGCGCCAAAACCAGGAGAGAUGCCCACAUACAUGAACACCCAGCAGAUCGACGCCCAGGUGCAGGCGGCACUCCAGGCGGAGUCGGAGCAGGUGACCAAGGGCGUGGCGGCCGCUGCUAGAGAGGUUGCGCAAACUGACUUAUUUGACAUGAAGCCCUUUGAGGAUGCCAUCCAGUCCCAAGCCCCGUCGCAGGUGUCCGCUCUCCACAAAGCGGCGUCGGUGGACAACUCCAGCCCACUCCUGGCUCGCUCCAUAGCUUUCCGAGCGCAGGAGGAGCUGGAGGGCCAGCCGUGGUACCGUGGCAAAAUGAGCCGCCGCGACGCCGAAAAACUGCUGAGAGACGACGGCGACUUCCUGGUGCGCAAAAGCACCACCAACCCGGGCUCAUACGUGCUGACCGGCAUGCACAAUGGACUUGCCAAACACCUCCUGCUGGUGGACCCUGAGGGCACGGUGCGGACAAAAGAUCACGUGUUUGACAGCAUCAGCCACCUUAUUGGCCACCACCGUGAAAACAACCUGCCAAUCAUGUCAGCUGGGAGCGAACUGUGCCUCUUGCAGCCUGUGGUAUGGAAACAGUGACGCUCGCAAUGCCUGAUGGGAAACGGCAGGAACUGUCCCUCCAACCGUCUCACGAACUCAAAGGAAACGCUUGAGGGAAGCUGCUAAAAAAAAAAAAAGUUGCUUGGAUUUGUCUAAGGAAAAACAAAUAUUUAUUAUAGAACUGUUAUUUUGUUGUGAUGACUGAAAUGCUAUAUUUUUGAGAAGACAUAGGAUACACAAUAUCUUGAUUUGGUGUUCAAAAAGAUGACAUAAAAAAACACAUUCUUGUAGUUUAGACAAAACCUCAGAGAGGCGAGAGUAUUUUAGACGACGAAUUCAACUUUAUUGUCUGUCAAGCACAACCACAUUUCUACUGAAACCAUUCAAGCCCGCCCCCCAAACACAAAUAACAUUUAUACAGAAGGAAAAAUGUCCCAAGUGGACUUUUUUGCUUUUGCUGGUGUUACUUAGCAAAGUGAUGGAUUGCAAACACAUCCUUCAUUGUGCUGUCAGUGGCUUUAAAGAACAACUCUUGUUUUGAAAGUACUUCCCUGCUUUACCAAGGAGUAUUAGGGCCAGACUAGAAAGGAACAAAAUCAUUAAAUUACGUGUGGAGAACAGAAAAGUCAUGAGAAUGAAGAUGGGACAUUAAGAAAAAGUUGAAAUGUUACGUACAAAAUGGAUAUUAGUAGUCUUCCAAAAUUAAGACUUCUCUUAAUAUUCCGCAUUUUCUGUCGAAAAUUACACAUGUAUUUUACAAAAAGAAAGCUUUUUGGAUUGUUAUGAUCAUUAUAUGACUUGAUAGCGAUAAAAUUAAGAAAAAUAAUCCUGUUACUUUUUAUGACUUUUUUCUCACACAUUAGGAUAUUUUGAUCCUAUAAAAACUACUAAACUACUACAACUACAGUAUAGUUAUGACUUUAUUCUGAAGAAAUGACCAUGUAUUCUCUUUUUAUCCUACUAUAGCUUAAAUACAGUAUAAUUGUGUAUUUAUUCAAAUACAAUUAAAACUUUUUUAAUGAUAUUUCAACUUUAAUCUGGUAAUAUUGCAGCUUUAAUAUUAUGAUUUAUUCUAAUAAAGUAUUUUUUUUUAGUAAAAACUUUAUUUUUAACAAUAUUCAAAUAUAACGGUGCAAUUGCUAUUUUCUCCUUAAUAUCACCCCUUCAUGCUUUUUUAUUCUUAUAUAUAUUUCCUUUUUUCUCAAAUUUUACCUAUUUCGACUAUAACAACUUUUGUUAUUGUAUACAUCUUCAUUUCUGUAAUAUUUCAUCCUUAUUCCUGUAAUAGAAAGAUUUUAUUCUCAAAGUUUUAUUAUUUGUUCUUUCUGGUGUGGCCCUAAUAUUACUUCGUAUGAACUAAAGAAAAAGUUAUUCGUAAACCUCAUUAUUUGGAGGAGAGGCUUGUCUGUGCUGACACUGUACAAAUAUUUACACUUUUAACACAAUUCCAAUUUGGGUUGUUCUUAUUUUUAACGGUUUGAUCAGUCAUUGCUUUAGGGAUUUAUCCAGCAGAUUAUUUUGAACAUAUUUAAAUGAUCUGAGUGACCACAAUAGCACAAUCACUAAGGUGGAAGACACAGAGGCAAGAGUUCCCUCAUGUUGCCACUAGGUGUCAGCACAUAGCCCUUCCUCAGCAUCCAUCACUACAAUGAUAGCAAAGAUGCUCUCUUGCCUCUGUGUAGUCCCACUUCUCAAUGCUCUCGUCCAUCAAAACCAAAAUGAAAAGGGAGGGAGGUUGAACCAAAAUCAGCAUGCAUUUAAUGGGUUUGACUCCACCGAUGCAAUGUAAUAUAUAUAUAUUAUAUGCUAUAUUUUAUAUAUAUAUUAUCAAUCGUGCCUGUAUUUUGCUGCAAGGGGGGAGUGUACAUGUUUAACAACCAUGUGGGUACACAAAGUGUCACAUUACAUAAACAUUCAGCAGGGAAACAAUCCAUGGCUUUAUGGGGAACCUUUUCUCAUACUAUUAUUAAUGAGAUUUGAUUUGAAAAAAUAUUCCAUAGUGCAAGGUAGAAAUUCAACUAAAUUGGCAGAUUUUUUUUUUUACUUUUAAUUUUAUUCAGAUAAUUCUUAAUUUUGCAACACUAUUCCAGAAGGUUUUUAAACUAAGACAACAAUACAUUUUUAAAAAAAAGACAACUAAUUCACUAACAAGAAAGGGGAUGCAAAUAAUGUGGAUUUCUACAUGCUGAAAUUUAAUCACAUCAUAUUGGAAAUAGUAGAAAUCAGUUUAAAAUCCCAUUCCUAUCCAAGAACAUGGCUUGUUGUCUGGGGUUUCCGGUGAUGAAAAUGUGCCUUUUCUUUGUAAAAAAAACAA